UAGUGGGUGUGACUUUGGCUACCGCACCAGGGUUGUUGGUAAAUGGCGCUGGUAGCGGGAAAAUUGAGUCCCUGGUCCGUGAAGUCGCCGGGACGAUGUGUAGUGACUUCCAAAGGGCUGAGUCGGGGACGGAGCUUCUUGCCCGACUUGAAGGUAGAAGUUCCUUGAAAGAAAUAGAACCAUAUCUGUUUGCUGAUGAAGAAUCACCUGUGCAUGGUGAUAUUCUUGAAUUUCAUGGUCCAGAAGGAACAGGAAAAACAGAAAUGCUUUAUCAUUUAACAGCACGAUGUAUACUUCCAAAAUCAGAAGGUGGACUGGAAGUAGAAGUCUUAUUUAUUGAUACAGACUACCACUUUGAUAUGCUCCGGCUUGUUACAGUUCUUGAGCAUAGACUCUCUCAAAGCUCUGAAGAGAUAAUAAAAUAUUGCCUUGGAAGAUUUUUUUUGGUAUACUGCAGUAGUAGCACUCAGUUACUUCUCACACUCUACUCACUAGAAACUAUGUUUUGCAGUCACCCCUCUCUCUGCCUUUUGAUUUUGGAUAGCCUGUCGGCUUUUUACUGGAUAGACCGGGUGAAUGGAGGAGAAAGUGUUAACUUACAGGAGUCUAUUCUGAAGAAAUGUUCUCUGUUCUUGGAGAAACUAGUAAAUGAGUUUCGCUUGGUUCUUUUUGUAACAACACAAACUAUAAUGCAAAAAACCUCAAACCCAGCAGAAGGACCUUCCUUUGCCUUUAAACAUCAGUGUGAUACAGAUGUAGACUAUAGACCCUAUCUCUGUAAGGCAUGGCAACAAAUAGUAAAGCAUAGAUUUUUUUUUUCCAAACUGGAUGGUUCUAAAAGUAGCAACCAGUUUUCUUUAGUUUCACGUCAUUUAAAAAGUAACAAUACGAAAAAACAUUUUUUUAUUAUUAGAGAAAGUGGGGUUGAGUUUUGUUGAUAUGUAUCAUAAAAUAGUCUUUUGCAGGAUAUCAUGCAAUUUUUAAAAAGUCUUUCAUAGGCUAAGUGGUUUGAGUCUAAAAUUUUAAACUCUAGGGGAAUUAAACUAGUACGUUAGUACAGAAAAAUUUCAGAGUAUUCUGUUUGUAGAUCACUGAAGGUUAAUCAAAGUGAUAUUAGUAAUUAAACUUUGUAUUAAACUUUUUAAAAAACUAAAUAAAUUAUAUACACAUUUCAGCCUAAAUAAA